AUGAAGCAGAGCAGCCACAGAACAUCUCUGAUCUCCCACAGCCUGCUGCGGGAGUGGACUGGAGGGCUCUUCCUCCGAGAGGGCUGUUUCCAUUUAGACAGCGUCCGGCCCCGCCACGGAGCCACGGAGAGCCCCUGCAGCGGGCGUGUGAACCGGGUGCCCCUGCCCUCGGUGCCCUCCAGCCCCCGGGACAUGGCCCUGGCGGCGGUCAUCUGCAGCGCCCUGGUCACCGUGCUGCUGGCCCUGCUGGUGCUCUGCGUCAUCUACUGCAAGAGGCAGCUGGAGAAGAAGCCCGGAGCCUCCAUGAGGUUGCAGGACGGGCCGUACAGCGGGGCGGAGCUGUCGUGUCUGGACCGCCGCUGGCACCCGGAAUUCCCAGACCCCAUCUGCUGCCAGUGUCACCUGGGGCCGGGACACACCUGUGGUCCGGUCCACCUCAUCCCGUCUCUCUGCUGGGACGAGAGCUGCCGUCUGGGCCUGGACAGCCGGGGCCACAGUGCCUUCCAUUCCCAGAUGAGCUUGAGCUACGGGACCCCCAACCAGGACCAGGACCAGGACCACGAUGGCCCCCAGGACCACAGCGGGCCAGAACCCCCCCCGGGGGCGGCCUCAGCAGAGACCUGGCUCCCCGAGCGCUCAGAGAGCCCUGUGACACCGCAGCACAGCCCUGAGGUGGAGCGUUGUGGGACAGCAGAGGAGGAGGAGGUGGUGGUGAAGGAGGAGGAGGGGGUAGAGGAGGUGGAGGAGGUGGUGGAGGAACGUUCCCUGUUGGGAGAGGACGUCCAGAUGAGUUCACCUGACCGCUCAGCUUUGGAAGGAUGACAUGGGUUCCUCUGGCUGGCGUCCCACCCUUGAAGCACCCUGGACUGGACACAACAGCCGCAGCCAGAUCCUGUUUCAGAUCCACUCUGUGGAGAGUUCCCACAGAGAUUGCGCCAGCUCCAGCCCUGUGACUGAGGUCACCCUGCCUCUCCCAGAGCGGCUGCAGCUGACCCCCGGUCACCCAUCAA